AUGUCUUCCAAGCACGUCGUAUUCGACAUCGUGGGAACGCUGGUGGCCUAUGAUCAUGUCUUUGAUGCCAUCGAUACCCGCUUAGGGGACCGACUACGCGCAGAGGGCAUUAAGCCUCGUCUCCUGGGGUACACAUGGAUGGAAGCCGCCGAGCGUGAAUACACCAACCUGAGUCUGUCGCAAAGAUAUGUGCCAUUUGGCGAAGUCUUCCGUGCUCUCUUCUACCGUAUGCUAUGGAUGGCCGGUAUCGCUGAGCCUCGGUCUUGGGCCACCCCGGAAGAUUUGGAGUUUAUCAUGAAGGAGUACCAGCUUCUUGAGUUCCGACCCGGUGCCGCAGAGUGUGUUCAAAAGCUGAGAGAUGCUGGGUUCACGGUCUGGGCCUUUACAGCGGCGGAUAUCACCCGUGUUGGGGGCUACUUUAAGAACGCGGGUGUAGAGCUCCCUGCUGAAAACUUGCUCUCUUGUGACGAUGUUGGUGUGGGCAAGCCUGAUUUGGACGCCUAUCGUCCUUUACUCGAACGUCUCAAGACUGAAAGUGACGGCAAAGUUCCUUGGUUUGCUGCAGCUCAUAUGUGGGACGUCUCUGGGGCGAAGCAAGCGGGGUUCAAGGGGGCUUAUUGCCACAUUUGGGAGAAGGAGUCUCUAUCGGAGUUAUUUGGAGUCAUGGACGUGAUGGCUGAUACUUUGCCCGAAAUGGCGGACAAGAUUAUUGCUGCCCAGGCAUCGUCUUGA